AUUUGCUUUAUUGGCAUGACGUCACAAUGUACAUAUUGCCAAAGCUUAUUUACAAUAUAAAAAUGAUUUUUUUAGCAGGCGAAACCCCGAGGACAAACCAUUCAGAUUUUUUUUUUUUUUGAGGUCACACUCUUUUCAAUGAGUUUUCAUUGGGAAACCAGAUUUCUAAGGGACAUGCUUGCAGUUCCUACCGCUUCCACUGGAUGUCAACAGUCUUGAGAAAUUGGUUGAGGUUAUUCCUUUGUGUAAUGAAGAAGUACAGCCAUCUUGAAAGAGAGUCACUCCACGUGUCCUGUUUGUUAGAGGCGCGAGACCAGAAGGCUAGUUAUAGUUGGUUUUAAUCCUGUAUUGAACACAGAUCAUCCCGUCUCUAAUUUGACCGAUUAUUAACGUUAAAAAGUACCUAAAGUUGUAUUACAAAAGUAGUUUGAAAUGUUUUGGCAAAGUUUACAGGUAACCUUUGAGAUAUUUUGUCGUCACGUUUGAGCAAGUUGGAACCUGUGUUUUUCUGGAUGAAACGCGCCAAAUAAAUGGACAUUUUGGAUAUAUAUCGACGGAAUUAAUCGAACAAAAGGACCAUUUGUGAUGUUUAUGGGACAUAUUGGAGUGCCAACAGAAGCUCGUCAAAGGUAAGGCAUGAAUUAUAUUUUUAUUUCUGCGUUUUGUGUUGCAUCUGCAGGGUUGAAUAUGCUUAUCUCUCUUUGUUUACAAUGGUGCUAUCCUCAGAUAAUAGCAUCGUAUGCUUUCGCCGAAAAGCCUAUUUGAAUUCUGACAUGUUGGCUGGAUUCACAACCAGUGUAGCUUUAAUUUGGUAUCUUUCAUGUGUGAUUUAAUGAAAGUUUGAUUUUAUAGUAAUUUUCAUAGUUAUUCAUUUUAAUUUGGCGCUCUGCAUUUUCUCAGGCUUUUUGCCAAGUGAGACAGUAGCGUCCCGCCUAAACUCAGAUUUUUGGAUAUAAAUAUGAACUUUACCGAAUAAAACAUACAUGUAUUGUGUAACAUGAAGUCCUAGGAGUGUCAUCUGAUGAAGAUCAUCAAAGGUUAGUGAUUCAUUUUAUCUCUAUUUCUGCUUUUUGUUACUGCUCUCUUUGGCUGGAAAAAUGGCUGUCUUUUUCUGUGACUUGGCUCAUACCUAACAAUCGUUUGGUGUGCUUUCGUCGUAAAACCUUUUUGAAAUCGGACACUUUGGCUGUAUUUACAAGUGUAGCUUUAAAAUGGUGUAAAGUACUUGUAUGUUUGAGGAAUUUAAAUUAUGGGAUUUCUGUUGUUUUGAAUUUGGCGCCCUGCAGUUUCACUGGCUGUUGACGAGGUGGGACGCUACCGUCCCACAUACCCUUAAGGCAAUUAAAGCACUGUUUUCUUUCGUGUGGUAAGGCUCUCCAAUCAAUUAUUUUUCACGAGUGCCUAGGGUUCAUGAAAACGUAGCCUACCUCAAAAUACCUGUGUCGUUAUUCAAAAUGUUAAUUGAAGGCCUAUGUCCUCAUAGUUUGGGGGGGGGGGGGUGACAUUUUUUAGACCCAAGCUAUAAGCUUCUGUAGCGCCGAACCUACCAAGUUGAUUUAUGCUCUAUAGAAUGUUUUAAUUAUAUGCCCAGCCUUUUCUCAGUUUAUCUUUUUUUAUUUUUACAGUUUAUAGCAUGUUAAAUAUGAUCUAUUAUUGGGAGCCUCUGUCAGCAAUACCCACAUUCAUUUAUAACUGUCAAUUUAGUGUUAGUUUCUUUCAAUUUGUAGCCUACAUUUCAUAUUGUUCCAUUGCCAUUCCGUUAACUUUUCUUUCCUCUGUCACAUCCUUGUAAGUUGUUCCAGAGAGUCGCUAGCAUUAGUGGAUCAUAUUAGGCUAACGUUGUGCAAUAAUUUGGGACAUGUAGCCUAUUUGAAUCAUUAUGUAACUCAGACCACACGUAGCAGUUUAUACCUGGAGCCUGGUGCACAGUUCAUGAUUACUGGACCAGACAUUAGGCUACAAUUCCAUGAUUAGUGAGGGAUAACGUAUUUAUAGGAAUAUUGUUGAACCCCGAUUGUACAAUUUUCUCACCUUCCAAUAUCUUAAUCGAUUUAACUUGAAUAUGGCAACUUUCAGGAUGAAUCCAACCACUGUAUUUUUGAUUCAUUCAUAUUUUGUGUGUCAAGGCUCUCCAAACCAUUUUUUUGUGAUUCAUAAAUACUUUCCUUACCCUGAAAAUAAUCUACAAGAUCAGAGUAUUUUUUAAAUCUACUAAUUGGUGCUGAAAUGGAGGCGAAUAUGUAUACAUUUAGAUGGCUUUCUUUCAUUUAUCACUAAUAAUUUGAACCCGUUCUCUCGAUAUAUUCUAACGAGUCUGUUAAAUAAAAAAAUAUAUAAACAUGUUGGAUUACAUAUUGAAAAUGGUUACGCAGCAUUGAUGUACUGAGCUGUCGGUUUGAUUGAGGCUUCAGAAGUGCAUAGGAAAGGCGUACAUUUCCUAAGUCUAAAUCAGCCCUCAUUGAGUUUCUACGUCAUCAGAUGGUGUAUUAGCCCAAAUCCAUAUUUUAUCAAUAAGAUGUCCCUACUGUUGGUGAGUGCAUCUGUCAUUUCAAAUGGCAUUGUGAUUACAUGAAUGAAGAAUGAAAUCAAAUAAAUCGUAAAUGCAACAUGUAAAGUGUUGGUCCCAGGUUUCAUGAGCUGAAAUAAAAGAUCCCAGAAAUGUUCCAUAUGCACAAAAAGCUUAUUUCUCUCAUUCUGCGCACAAAUUUGUUUACACCCCUGUUAGUGAGCUUUUAUCCUUUGCCAAGAUAAUCCAUCCACCUGACAGGUGUGGCAUAUCAAGAAGCUGAUUAAACAGCAUGAUCAUUACACAGGUGCACCUUAUGCUGGGGACAAUAAAAGGCCACUAAAAUGUGCAGUUUUGUCACACAACACAAUGCCACAGAUGUCUCAAGUUUUGAGGGAGCGUGCAAUUGGCAUGCUGACUGCAGGAAUGUCCACCAGAGCUGUUGCAAGAGAAAUUAAUGUUUGUUUCUCUACCAUGGGCUCCUGAGUGGAGCAGUCGUCUAAGGCACUGCAUCUCAGUGCUUGGUGUCACUACAGACGCCCUGGUUCGAAUCCAGGCUGUAUCACAACUGGCCGUGAUUGGGAGUCCCAUAGGGCAGCGCACAAUUAUUCCAGGUUUGGCGGUUUAGGCUGUCAUUGUAAAUAAUAAUUUGUUCUUAACUGACUUGCCUAGUUAAAUAAAUAAAUUUAAAUAUAAAACCUCUAAACUUGUUUUAAAUAAUUUGGCAGUACAUUCAACUGGCCUCACAACCGCAGACCACGUGUAACCACGCCAGCCCAGGACCACCACAUCCGGCUUCUUCACCUGCGGGAUCGUCUAAGACCAGCCACCUGGACAGCUGAUGCAACUGGGUUUGCACAACCGAAUAAUUUCUGAAGAACUGACAGAAACCGUCUCAGGGAAACUCAUAUGAGUGUUCGUCGUCCUCACCAGGGUCUUGACCUGACCGCAGUUUGGCGUCAUAACCGACUCCAGUGGGCAAAUGCUCACCUUAGAUGGCUACUGGCAUGCUGGAGAAAUGUGCUCUUCACGGAUGAAUCCCGGUUUCAACUGUACUGGGCAGAUGGCAGACAGCAUGUAUGGCGUCACCUCAUGGUGGCGGUGUGGUUGUGGUAUGGGCAGGCAUAAACUACGAACACAGUUGCAUUUUAUCGAUGGCAAUUUGAAUGCACAGAAUAAGAGACUAAUGAACAGUGUACACAGUCUAGGCAAGAAACAGAGCCCAUGCAUUUUUUGCGACUUUCAAAUCAUCAGACAAUAGUCACAUCAUGCAGCCAAUGUUUUUAUUUGUAAGUCAUUCUAAAGUUCAUCACAACUAAAGCAGCAAAUAAAUGAAGUGUAUAGGACAGGUUUCAAAUGAUCACUUUUUACAUUCAACACAGAAUAGCCGCUCCAUGGUGCACUCGCUCGGCAAUCAUUAGAUAAAAAUAUCCUUUCUAUUUUAUUCAGCUAUGUUCACUUAUUCUUCUCACUAUAAAGUUAUAUAUAAUAAAAGAAUGGCACAACAAUUAUAAGCAUAUCUUGUCUGCUGUAAAUGAACUAGCCUACAGCCUAGGCUGCCGUUGGCAUGGCAUAGCCAGAUCAGUAAAAUACAGUGGGCCUCAGAAUAUGAAGUUAUGUUCUGAAAUACCCAUUUAGCCAUGGGGCGUAGAGACAAUGUUGCAGUUUUAAAGGAUGUUUGCUGCUUUUCUACAAAUUUUGCCAUAGGGUAGAGAGAACUAUUUGCAGUUUUGAAUAUAUCUGAGUGAAUGACUAACAAAAAUAAAUGUGAACCCUGUUGGUAAUUUGACAAUGAUUACUACAAGUUUAGAUAGCUAGACUAAUUUAACAAUCUAAAAAAAAAAUAGCUGACUAAUUGAGGAAAACAGUUGAUCCAACCAAAAUGUGAACUUUAACCUUUGUGUAUUCUACUAUAAUAACUCUCAACAUUAUGUUGAGACCCGCCUGGGGGGGGUUAACGGCAGGCCUACAAAAUUGGGUCUGCCAAUUGCCCAUCCUUGGACUACUAAAUAUACUUACACAUAUCCACACAAAUGGUAAACACUCCAUGUUUAAAAUGUGUUUUAUCUGUGUUAUGCAUGUGUACAGUCGUGGCCAAAAGUUUUGCGAAUGACCAAAUAUUAAUUUCCACAAAGUUUGCUGCUUCGGUGUCUUUAGAUAUUUUUGUCAGAUGUUACUAUGGAAUAGUGAAGUAUAAUUACAAGCAUUUUAUACGUGUCAACGGCUUUUAUUGACAAUUACAUGAAGUUGAUGCAAAGAGUCAAUAUUUGCAGGGUUGACCCUUCUUUUUCAAGACAUCUGCAAUCCGCCCUGGCAUGCUGUCAAUUAACUUCUGGGCCACAUCUUGACUGAUGGCAGCCCAUUCUUGCAUGAUCAAUGCUUGGAGUUUGUCAGAAUUUGUGGGUUUUUGUUUGUCCACCCGCCUUAAUGGGAUUAAGGUCUGGGGAGUUAAUUGGCCAUGGACCCAAAAUAUUGAUGUUUUUCCCCGAGCCACUUAGUCCUUCAUGCUGGAAAAGGCAUUGUUCGUCGCCAAACUUUUCCUGGAUGGUUGGUACCAUUCUUUAUUCAUGGCUGUGUUCUAAGGCAAAAUUGUGAGUGAGCCCACUCCCUUGGCUGAGAAGCAACCCCACACAUGAAUGGUCUCAGGAUGCUUUACUGUUGGCAUGACACAGGACUGAUGGUAGCGCUCACCUUGUCUUCUCCGGACAAGUUUUUUUCCGGAUUCCCCAAACAAUCAGAAAGGGGAUUCAUCAGAAAAAAUGACUUUAUCCCAGUCCUCAGCAGUCCAAUCACUGUACCUUUUGCAGAAUAUCAGUCAGUCCCAGAUGUUUUUCCCUUAGAUAAGUGGCUUCUUUGCUGCCCUUCUUUGACACUAGGCCAUCCUCCAAAAGUCUUCUCCUCACUGUGCGUGCAGAUGCACUCACACCUGCCUGCUGCCAUUCCUGAGCAAGCUCUGUACUGGUGGUGCCCCGAUCCCGCAGCUCAAUCAACUUUAGGAGACGGUCCUGGCGCUUGCUGGACUUUCUUGGGCACCCUGAAACCUUCUUCACAACAAUUGAACCGCUCUCCUUGAAGUUCUUGAUGAUCCGAUAAAUGGUUGAUUUAGGUGCAAUCUUAUUGGCAGCAAUAUCCUUGCCUGUGAAGCACUUUUUGUGCAAAGCAAUGAUGACAGCACGUGUUUCCUUGAUGGUUGACAGAGGAAGAACAAUGAUUCCAAGCACCACCCUCCGUUUGAAGCUUCCAGUCUGUUAUUCAAACUCAAUCAGCAUGACAGAGUGAUCUCCAGCCUUGUCCUCGUCAACACUCACACCUGUGUUAACGAGAGAAUCACUGACAUGAUGUCAGCUGGUCCUUUUGUGGCAGGGCUGAAAUGCAGUGGAAAUGUUUUUGGGGGAUUCAGUUAAUUUGCAUGGCAAAGAGGGACUUUGCAAUUCAUCUGAUCACUCUUCAUAACAUUCUGGCGUAUAUGCAAAUUGCCAUCAUACAAACUAAGGCAGCAGACUUUGUGAAAAUGUAUAUUUGUGUCAUUCUCAACUUUUGACCACGACUGUACAUGCCUGAGGGAGUGUAUGUCUGUGCAAUCUGUAUCACUCUUCCAGGAGGAAGAGGAGGUGCUGCUGGUGAAGAAGGAGGGGUGAUAUGCUUACUUAGGGUCCUUGUUCAACAAUGUAGAGUUAAAGAUUAUAUUUUUUUAAUGAAACAUUGGAAUAGUGACACAAGGUAUAUUACACAGUGAAUAACAAUAAUGAUUAAAUAUAACAUAGCUAUAUACAGGGAGUACCUAGUCGAUGUGCCUAUGUACAAAUAGGCAGGGUUAAAUUGACUAGGCAACAGCCUAAAUAAUAAACAGUAGCAGCAGCGGGUAACGUUAGCCAUUCGAUUCGCUAUUUAACAGUCUUGUUUAGCAGUCUUAUGGUUUGUGGGUAGAAGCUGCGAUAGACUUAAUUCGAAGUUUUUAUGAGCAUUUAUGUACGCUUGUUCUCAUGUUGUAUGUUUGGUCUCGUCGCCUUCGCUCCUCUGUGCUGUGUGCACCUUCCCAUUUAGCCUACACCAGAGAUUUGUAUAUAAUGACGAGAUGCACGUCUCCGUCCUAAUAAUGGGAGUCGUUGUCCCAAAGGCCGCAAUGCAGUCGACAAACCCCAAAAUAAGCCCAUAGAAACACAUUGGCCUUAUUUUGGACAUAUUUUAGCAAGUGAAAUCUCUCGUUUCGCCUGUUCCUCUUUGGUUUACACGCACACCAAACCUCUUCCCUGCCUUUCACGUUAACAAAGUUGAGAGAUCACAUCUUUCUCUCUGACAAGCGAGUUCAACUCUCCAUUUGAAUUUGUUUGGUCGACCAGAAUCGGUCAUAUGUACACCAAAACACAUUGAGACAUUUAUUAUACUGUAAUAGAGGAGAAGGAGGAGGAGGAGGAGAAGUUAACUUUUCAAAACGACACCCUUUUUAAUGUCUCAACUAUACUAAUUGCGUCCAGAGCAGACACUACUAAAACAAGAGUAUCAAUGAACUUUGAUUCUGGGAAAUGAAUGUUGAGUUUGGGGUACCGCUAACAAUAUUUUAGCCGAAGACCGUUAUAGUUCCUGUCUAGUCUGUUUUAUAAAUGUGUAAUAAGCAUAAAACACAAUUAUAUAAGGAAUUAGCAACUGUUCUUCUAUAAGGAAUUGGCAACUGUUCCAAUUCACCUUUCUGCGGGACAAUUGCCUAAAUACACUGGAGUUGCUUACCAAGACGUCAUUAAAUGUUCCUGAGUGGCCAAGUUCCAGUUUUGACUUAAAUCAGCUUGAAAAUACUUGACAAUGGUUAUAUAGCAAUGAUCAACAACCAACUUGACAGAGCUUGAAGAAUUUAAAAAACAAUAAUGAGCAAAUAUUGUACAAUCCAUGUGUGCACAGUUCUUAGAGACUUACCCAGAAAGACUCUACAAUGUAUUGACUCAGGGGGUUGAAUACUUAUUUCAUCAAGAUAAACAAUAAUAUAUCUUCCAUUUAUAAAAAUAAAAAAAAAUCACAUUUUUAUUCCACUUUGGCCGAGUAUUUUGUGAGAUCGUUGACAAAUAAUGAUAAUUAAAUCCAUUUGAAUCCCACUUUGUAACACAUCAUAAUGUGUAAAAAGUCAAGGAGUGUAAAUACUUUCUGAAGGCACUGUAGCUCAAUAUUUGAAUUAUUAAUUGUAGUCUUUUUUGCUCAUCUUCAUCAAGGGUGAUAAUAGUUAUGGAGGUGACUACAUAUACAGAACAUAAUAUAGGGUCCACAAACUCAAGUCUGGACCUCGAAGCCAGUUCCAAUGUACUUUGUCAUUGUUACCCUCUAAAUCAGGGACAAAUUUAGACCUGGGACACCAAGUGUGUGCAAUUAAUUAUCAGGUAGAACAGAAAACCAGGCUCCAGGCCUCAUAGGGUAAGAGUUAAAGAGCGACAGCCUUUAAAAAGCAAUGAAUCCCUUUGAAAACGGGUCAGAAACCGUUAUUCUAGUGUGAAAAUGGACUACAAAGUGUAAAUAGGAUGCUUUUGGUCAUAAAGUCAGUCUCUUCUAAAACGGAGUUUGGAACAUCCGUGCAUCACAACGGGUAAAUGAAGGUUGGGUUUUGAUUUGACAAUGUCCAUUUGCUCACUAACACGGGGUGAACAUCUGCAGUGGCUGUGCUCUAUCCAAUAGCAUAGACGGUGAGACAGACCUGCCCAUCAGCUCCUUAAUGUAAAAUUGUGCAACUAAAACCCCCUCGGCAAAAACGUCAAAAUGAAUGAAAGAUUUUAGUUAUCUUAGUUAGAUUCAUUAUGGGGAUUUUGAGGACGUGAAUUAGGAUCCUGCGUCUACAGUGUUUCAUGGGGGCUAAUCAUUAACCAAAUGCGGAAUCGGUGAGGAAACACACCUCUAAGACUGAAAUCUCUUUUUUUUUAAUGAGCAACAGAAAAACACACGUGCCAAUCAGCUUGUUCAGUGGCUCUGUAAAUACCGCUGAUGUUGGGUAUCAAUAUUUACCUUACUGAGGUGAUGUAGUUGGAAUAAAGUAAUAAUAUUAUUUUCUACUCUAUUCUUGUUAACACACUGUUCUUUCUAAACAAGUCUGCUCUCAGCUUGAAAGAUACUGACCAUGAAUAUGAGAUUUGAUGUGUCAUGUAAUAAGCAGUAACGUAAUUCAAAGAACAGCGCGUAUACGUUAUUCAUUUAAAGACGCCAUUUUGAGCCAUGACCCCGACCAAUUAGAUCCGUUCUCUUCAGUGUAAACGGAAGUGAACAUUGACCAACAACAAUUUCGUACCUUAGUGUUUUUAUUGUUGUUAUUUAGACGUUUAUUAACACCCUGGAACUCAGAAUAUGACUAAUUUAACUGCAUAGCCUCACAUACUUACACCCAGGUAGUAUUUAAUUCGCGUUGGAGACAGAACUUGGUUGGUAGAUAGUAAUGCUAGCUAGCUGCUAACAAUGGCUAAAUGUAUGGUUUUUCACACUCAAAUAGCCUCCAUUAUGGAGGUGCUAGCGAAUGCAGCCGUUGCAGAGAUCUGUAAACUCGUAGACGACGACUAUGCAGUGUUUCGUUUGGAAAUAACUCAAAGCCAGAAAGAAAACAGGGCAUUGCGGAGGAAAGUACAGCUACAAGAACUGAAGGUUGCACGGGAGCGCGCAGAGAGGACAACUCGAGAGCGCGUCCUCGCUAGUCGUCCCAGUAGUGUCAAAAUCCUCGACCGGUACAGAGGAAUGGCAAGAGGUGAAGGACAUCUCACUGGAGGCCACAGGAGCUUUGUGAAGCCAGUAGGACACAACGUGUGGAGAGAUGACCAACCAAUAGCUAUAGAUGAGGGCAGGGGAACCUCCACCCAGCAUGUUAUCGUGAAAGCGUCUGCAGAUGCAGAGGCUGCAGGUCCUGGGUUCAAGCUGGAAAGGUAUGAAGGAAAGGAGGACCCACCACACAGCAGAGACAUCCAGACUGGAGUGCUUGCUGUAGCUACGGAGGUCCCCACCCUCGCCCCAGCAUUGCCCAGGGCCCAAUGCAGCAUCACGGAGGUCAGUGGAACGCUGAACACCGUCCUCAAGUCAGAGACAGACACUGAGACUUUAACGGUGGUGGAGCGACUGGGCGGUCCUCCUGCUCCCCGCUCAGAGUAUUUAGUUUACGGGAGCCCGAGGACGGUUCUGUUCCAUCAGGACUCAGGUGAUGCGUUACAGACUGGCAAUGAUCCGUCCUGUUCAUACGCUACAGACACAGAGAUGAUACCUGGUGACAUGCCUGUGGGCUUAGAUACACAGACUAAUUCAAUGAGAGGGGACUGGAACCGGUACAGUAGUAGUGUCUACUCUGAAAUGUGUCUAGAUAAAAAAGGGGAGGGUCUGGUCAUAGAUGAAGUGACUGUGAAAGUGGAGGGUGACAUUCCUCUGACAUGGAAUGCAGACGAGACUCACUUAGGAGAAGGACACUCUCAGGAAAACAAGAGUGACUUCUUAGACUACAGGGAAAGCUUAGAGCCAAAUCCAAAUAUCGCAACCCACUCCCCUUUACACACGCUCAAGGAUCGCGACCCAGUGUCCACGUCUAUGGCACCUUCCGAUUCACACAACCGUGCCCUUUUCGAUCAGGUAUUGAACUCAAACGACAGGGCUAGAGCCCAGGCUCAGGGAGGGGGAGCAACAUCAGGCGGUAAUAAGGAGAAACGGUUCUUCUGCAUGUUCUGUAACAAAGGCUUCAACUGCCCUCAGAAGGUGGAGAUUCAUCAGAGGGUCCACAUAGGGGUGAAACCCUUCAGCUGUACCCAGUGUCACAUGCGCUUCUCCCUGGCUUGGAACCUGAAGAUCCACCAGAGGGUCCACACAGGGGAGAAACCUUACAGCUGUACCCAGUGUCACAUGCGCUUCUCCCACUCGUCCAGCCUGAAGAGGCACCAGAGGAUCCACACAGGGAAGAAACAAUUCAGCUGCCCCUAGUGUGGGAAGAUGUUCUCCCACCAGAACCAGCUGAUGAUGCACUUGAAGUUUCACACAGGAGAAAGGUUGUGGGAAGAGGUUCUCAGAGGAGCUACCUCAGGAUACAUAAGCAGAAAAAACAUUUCACUCUAUAAUAUAGAAAAGUAACCAUUUCACUUGAUAGCUUCUGACAUUUAGAUCAAACCUUGCAUUAAAGACAGAGAUACAUUUUCAUUUGGAAUAACAAGAGUAACAGAUUUCAGUGUUGAAUAUUCCUGUGUAGAAUAUUGCAUUGAGACAGUGGCCUUGUCCGAAUACCCAUACUAGCCAUAAUACCCAAACUGCAUACUAAUUUCGGCAUUGGAUCUAGUAGAAUUCACUCACCUUUUCCCACUCACGUGUUUGACAACACCUGAUCAUCAGAUAAAUUAAUGCUCUGUUCCAAAAUGAACAAAUGGCGGGAGUCUACAUAAUCACACAAUAGAUGAUGCAUUCGGUGUACUAUUUUCAACAUUUCAUAUACUAUAGAAUUGUAUUUUUCGGGAUACUAUUUAUUACGCUACUAUGGAUUCGGACACGGCCAUUGUGUGAUAUAAGGCAUAUAUAAGCGUAAAAAGUCUGUUACAUAUCGUGUUUGUACUGUGUAGGCUAUAUGAUGUUCACAAAUGCCUAUUUCAUUACUUCCAUUCAACUAAUUGAUUUUUUUCCCAAGACACUUUUCAAUUAGAAAAAUAAUGCAGUUUGUCAAAUUCAUGCAGAUUUUUGGUUGAGACAUUACAUUUGAGAUUUUGGGUCAUUUUAGCAGAUGCGCUUAUAUAGAGCGACUUACAAUUUUUGCAUUCAUCUUAAGAAAGCUGGGUGAGACAACCACAUAACACAGUCAUAGCAAGUACAUUUUCCCUCAUUAAAAAGUACUUAUCAGCAACGUUCGGGCAGGGACUCUUCUGUCUUAGCUUCAGGGGGAAGCUGGUUCCACCAUUGGGGUACUAGCACAGAGAAGAGCUUUGACUGGGCUGAGAAGGAGCUGAUCCCUCGUAGGGGUGGGACAGCCAAGAGACCAGAGGAGGCAGAAUAGAGUGCUCGGGUUGGGGUGUUGGGUUUGAGCAUAGCCUGAAGGUAGGAAAGGGCAGUUCCCCUUGCUGCUCUGUAGGCAAGCACCAUGGUCUUGUAGUGGAUGCAAGUUUUGACUGGAAGCCAGUGGAGUGUGCCGAGGAGCGGGGUGACAUGGAAGAAUUUAGGAAGGUUGAACACCAGGCGGGCUGCGGCAUUUUGAAUAAGUUGCAGGGGUUUGAUGGCACGAGCAGGGAACCGAGCCAACAGAGUUGCUGUAGACUAGACCAGGGUUUCCCAAACUCGGUCCUGGGGACCCCCCUGGGUGCACGUUUUGGUUUUUGCCCUAGCACUACAAAGCUGAUGAUGAGUUGGUUUAUUUGAAUCAAGUUUUGUAGUGCUAGGUCAAAAACCAAAACGUGCACCUGGGGGGGGGGGCGGGGGGGGAGUUGGAAAACCCUGGUCUAGAAUGGAGAUGACAAGCGCCUGGAUUAGGACCUGCGCCGCUUCCUGUAUGAGGAAGGGUCGUACUCUACGGCUGGAGUGAGUCACUGCUUUGAUUUUUGCCGAAAAUGACAGGGUGUUGUCCAGGGUCACGCCAAGGUUCUUUGCACUCUGGGAGGGGGCAACAGUGGAGAUGUCAAUCGUGAUGGAGAGGUCUUGGAGCGGGCAGGCUUUCUACGGCAGGAAGAGCAGCAACAUCUUGUUGAGCUUGAGGUGGUGGGCCGACAUCCAAGUUGAGAUUUCUGCCAGACACACAGAGAUGCGUGUGUAUGUGCGGUUUUCAUAUAUGUUGUAUUUAACUCUCGUUUAUGUUUAAUAAACAUAAAAUGGGACUUUUCAGUCUAAGACUUUCA